AAUAUAUUAAACACACCUUAACGUCUUAAGAGGUCCGAUAUUGAUUAUUGAUUACAUGUUACCGGGUUACAGAGUCGAAUCACGUGACCAGCCCCUUUGACCCUUCUCUCGCGAGACGUGACGCGGCUCUUCGCGAGAUCACCUCUGCAGCAACAAAUCGGCUCCGGAUCCCGAAGACAAUCUGCUCGUUUCUGCGACGGGGUCAUGGAGGUGUCGUCUCACUCUCUCUUCCUGCUGCAGCAGCUCAACGUUCAGAGAGAGUUUGGAUUCCUGUGUGACUGCACCGUCGCUAUUGGAAACGUCUACUUUAAAGCUCACCGAGCUGUGCUGGCCGCCUUCUCCAACUACUUCAAGAUGAUCUUCAUCCACCAGUCCAGUGAGUGCAUAAAGAUCCAACCUACAGACAUCCAGCCAGAUGUCUUCAGCUACCUGCUGCACAUCAUGUACACAGGAAUGUGUCCCAAACAGCCGGUGGACCAGAGCCGGCUGCAGGAUGGGAUCAAGUUCCUUCACGCCUACCAGCUGUGCCGAAAACCCGGUGAGGGCGCCGCUGAUGCUGCCACCGAUGUGGUCCGUAUGUCCAACCUGUACGGCAUCCAGAUCUCCUCCCAGCUGGCCAACAAGGAGGCAAGCGGAGUCCCCAAGACCACCUCAGUGUCCCGCGGGGCCCCUGAGGACGGGCGGUCCUCAGGCCGGGGUGGACGGUCCCACUCCCAGUUGUCCCUAGCCGUCGGGCUGGAGGGGGUCCCUUCAGACCAUCAGCCCUCAGCGCUACGCAACGUCUGCUCCGUGGCAUCCGGAGACGACUCGGACAUCUCGACUCGCAUCAAGCAGGAGCGGGUGGAGGAGGAGGAGGACGGCGAGGGGGAGGAGGGUCCAGGGGUGGGGUCUCCAUCUCAGAGCAGCAGCCCCAGUCAGGGCCUCCUGUUUAAAGACCGGCCCCUAGUCCUGCUGUGUCCCCGCUGUGGGGAACGCUGCUCCUCACCCGAAGGCCUACGAGAGCAUUUGUUCAGCCACGCCCUCGACCCCACCCGCCUAAUGGAGGGACUGUCACAGGGCGGCGAGCUGGACGCCGGCGUGGAGGAGGGGCCUCCGGGAGCCCAGGAGCAGCUGGAUGCAGGAUGUCUGGAGGAGGCGCUGAGACAGAGCCAGGCGCUCGCCAACCAGCUGGCUGCUGAGUUGAGGAGGAGCCGAGGGGGAGGCGGGGGAGGAGGAGGAGGAGGGAGCAGCCCCACGCCCGCCAUCCUGCACUCACGCAAACGUAAGAUCGCCUGCGCCGUCUGCAGCCUGCGCUUCUCCCACAAGAGCCAGCUGCAGGAGCACAUGUACACCCACACCGGCAAGCCGUCUCGCUACCACCGCUACAACCGCCUCUGCAGCCAGCUCUUCCAGGCCUCCGCCCACUUCUGCGAGGGCGCCGCGGAGGCUGGGGGAGGGGCUGGGGGCGGAGCCUCGACCGGCGCACCCACCGCCCUCUCUGAGGAGGCCAAUAGAGACACUCAGGACAAUGGCAGCUCCUGCUACUCCCUGGACUCUGAGAUCUCCCAGGAGAGCGUGGACGGCGUGCCAGUCGAGUGAUGUCAACAGAUGAUGUCAUGGAGGGAUGUUAGUGUGACUGAGCGCACAGGUGGUUCAGUUGUCUGGUUGAGAAAAGAUGAAGCAGAGGACUCUGAGGUCUGUGUUGUUGUUCUGUUGCGGCUGUCUGAUGGUUCUGUACCUGUGCAGGUGUGUGUGUGUGUGUGUAUGUGCAGGUGUGUAUGUGUGUGUGUGUGCUUCAAUCAGUCGUGAUCAUAGUGUGGCGCUGUGGUCAUCACCUGUGAGGGUCGGACUGUCAGUUUUACGAGUUUUAUCCUACAAACUUCAGUAGAGUCUAAGUGAAUAGUCGAUUAAAUGAUUAGUCGAUCAGCAACAAUAAUUGCAACUAUUCUGAAAAUCAGUUCAUGGCUUGUUUUAACUGGUUCCAUCUUCAGUGUGAAAAUUUCUUGGUUUCCUACUUUAGUCAAGUCAGUGCAGUAUUUUGAGGUUUUCGACUGUUUGACUCUGUCUCUGAGACAUUUCAGUAUUUUCUGACAGAAUGACUAAUUGGUUAAUAAACAGAAUAAUCCAUCAGUAGCUACAGUCCUAAAUAUCAACAUUAACAUCACAUCUUGAUGACCAUUGUCAAACCCUUUAAUUUCACUGGUUUGUGUUUAUUUCUAUGAAAAAUAACCAGCAGAGACUUUAAACUUGAUCUUCCACACCAGCCAGCAUUGAAGUCCUUCUGUGAUGUCUGCAACAUCAGACUCUGAGGAAGAAAAAGAAAAAAAAAGAUGUAGUAAAAUGUGCUCCUUUAAUGUAAAGCUUGUAACGCUUUGAGUCCACCUGUGGUUGUGUCUUCAGACUAUGCAGACUCUCAGAGCUGCUGACCAGAGAGAGAACAUGUUAAAAGAAGCAGCAGUGCCUUGGUCUGACGGUCUGAUUGCUGUUUGCAGCAGUAAAGCAGAGCUCAAAGCUUCAUGACAAUCUGCAGCCCUAUUCUCUAGAAGUCAUGUCCAAUAUGUUUGAAAGGAAUUGUGACUGUGACCAGAUCAGGUUUUCUAUUGACAAAGUGAGGAAACUCUGAUUAUUUUAUUUGAUACUAGAAAAUGUUCGCUGACAGUGUUCUUUUUCCCUGAUCAUCCAAUUUUCAUUCUCUACUGCAGUGACCACAGCAUUAAGAAUGAGUUCUCUAGUUCUGUUCAGAUUGAGAAAUAGGAACUUCACAGUCAAGUCUGCUGUUUGCAGAUGACAUAGUUCUGUUGCUUCAUCAGAUUAUAAUCUUCAAUACACACUGAGGUGGCUUUCAGCCGAAUGUUUAGUGUCUUGGAUGUGAGUCAGCACCUCCAAGCCUGAGAUCAUGGUUCUCUGCCAGAAACUGGUCAGUUGUUCCUUUUGUGUUGGGGGUGAGUUGGUGAUCAAAGCUAAGGAGUUUCAGUAUCUUAGGAUCUUAUUCACAAGUGAUGAUGAAAUGGAGUGUGAGAUGGACAGAUGGACUGGAGACAUCAGCAGAAUUGCAGUCCUUCUACUGGACUGUCCUGAAAAGGAGAGAGCUGAGCUGUAAGGCAAAGCUCUUGACAUCUAACCUUUACCUGUGGACAUGAGCUCUGAGUGUCGAGCAAAAGAACAAGAUUUUGGACACAAGCAGACAAAUUGAAUUCCCUCAAUAGGGUGACUGGGCUCAGGCUUAGAGAGGUGAGGAGCUCAGACAUGCAGAAAUAGCUGAGAGUAGUCUCUUCUUCGUGUUGAAAGGAGCCACUUGGAGUGGUUCACAUCUUCCUUUGGAGGCCAAAUAUAGCCCUUCUGUUUGAAUCCUAGAGGAACUCCCUAGAGGGAUUAAACAUCUCAUCUGACAUGGCAACACCUUUGGAUCCAUCAAAAGGAACUGGAAGAUUAGCUGAGGUGGUUCGGGCAUCUGAUUAGGAUACCUCCAGCCCCACCUUCCUUUGGGCUUUUCUGGGCAUAUCGCAGUUCCUCCAAUUUCCACGUUACAUCUGAAGAGGGACAUCUGGAAUACCUUGCUUUGCCUGCUGCCUCUACGACCUGACUUCGGAUAAACGAGAAAAUGAAUGGGUCGACGGAUAAUGGACAGGUUUAGGACAUACAGUGGUCUGUUUUAAUCCAGAGUGAGACACAAUGUGUAUUUUUUUUACCUUUUUGUCUUUAUUGUAGAGGACAGUGAAGAUACAGACAGUAAACAUGGGGAGAAGAGUAGGGGGAAGGACAUGCUGCAAAUGGAUGUGGGUCAGACUCGAACCCUGGCAGCUCCAAUGGGGGCUAUAGCCCCUGUUCAUGGGUCACCUCCCCAACCAGUUGAGGCACCCACAAAGUGUUUAUUUUCAUUGAAUCAAAACUGCCACUUUUCCUCGAUCUGGACCAAAGUGGUAUGGUUAGCCUCUCCCUCUGGUUCGAGUCAUAUCAGCUCCUAGCAGGACAAAACACCACAGAUGAACUGUUAGAAAUGUGUUCAUGAUGUGGUUCUGUGGUAGAGGUUUGGUUCACUUUAGGUACCAGAACUUCUUGGGUUAGUGUAAGACCAGAGUUCAGGUUGAAAUAUGUACUUUAUUAAGAUUGAAGGGAGCAGCAAUUACCACCUCUCAAAGCUGAAGAUAGUCUUCGAGAUACCUUAAAAUGCAAAGACACAGAUGACUCCUUGCUUCCGUUUGCUCCAAACUCAGUCAAUUUAUUUGGUCAUUAAAUUCAACCAUCUAAUCAGCUGGAAAUUUCUGCUCCUUUAAAAGAUUUGAAGGCUGAUAGAAGAUUUGGCAUCCUGAAUGCGUCUCCUGAAGUCAUUUCAUGAAGCCGUUCUUAACUUUGGAGCUUCAGUUGAAAACACGGGUUUUGUGUCUGGUUUGGGAUUUAGACCAGCAACCUUUUUCACAGGGAAAGUAUGGGUGGGGCACCUUCCCUGUUAGCGCAGUGUUGCUGCAGUAGCUAACAUUGACCCUUCUGUGGACCACUUAGUGUAUGUUACUUCAAUCUGAGGAAGCAGCAAAGAUUCCCAGUAUGAAAUGUGACAUCCUACACUCCUCCUGAGUUGUUCAGAAGCUGCAAUUCUAGGCUUAAAGCAUCUAUUUCCUGCUAUUUGUCUGGACUCUGAUCUCUGUGGCAACAGUUAGCAAGAGUAUUUCAAGCUACUCCUAGAGGAUACAGAGUCAUUCCUAAACCAGAUUAGAUCAGCCAGUCUCCAAACCUCAGAGCCAGUCGGGGGAUAGAAUAUUGGCCAACUUGUAAACCAACUUCAGAUGUUUACAACACAAUUUGCUGCACCCAUCUAUACACAAUCUGCUCCCUGUUAAGACCUUCAUCACCAUGGUUACAGUUAUAAGCAACAGGAAAGAAAUAGCUUCAGAUUUAAACAUUUGAAACAUUGAGCCUUCUAUCUGCCCCGACCUCCUCUCUCCUGAAUCUGCAUCAUUGUCUGGUUUAGAAGGCGCUGUUACAGUGAAAUGUACUUAUGGCUUGUAAAAAGCUGUUUACAGUACAGUCUGUGGUAAUAAGCUCAACUCGGUUCAUACAUGGAAUCAACAAAACAUUGCCUGUGAACAUCAUCCAGCCAGACUUAAGCAGACAUUUGAGACCAGUUGAAUAACGUGAAUGUCACUUCCAGCCGGCAGGUUUUCCCUCUGAGUGAAGAGGACUGUGUAGAACAUAAAGUUUACCAGCUGUUUUUAACCUUGUUCCUUUGUUGAGUCUCUAACUACUGGAGCUCAGCAGUUUUGGCUACUCUUUGGUUGAUUUGUCUUCUGAGCGGCACUUCCCUUAAAGGAUCAUACUGCUGUUUUUCCUGUAGUUUCAUUCUGUUAACAUUAUGGUCUUUUGGAACCAGAUGUAACGACUGAGCGGUGGAUAUGACUGGAGAUACCAAGUAUCCUCUCAAUAAAACAUCACCCUCAAUAACAUCUGUUUCACUCUAAAUAUUACCAUACUUCUGUAUUGAAGUGGACUUGCAACUAUUGAUUUAGACCAUAAACUUGUUAGGAAGAUGUUUCCUGCGGUGACAAAUCAAGUAAUUUUCUCAUAGACUUAUGCACAGUCAGACUUUUAUUGCAGCCAGAGGAGUCGCCCUCUGCUGGCUCUAAGAAAGAAUAUGAAUUUAAGUAACUUUUGUGUUGGUUCAACUUUAUACUCACCCAAUUAGUCAAAUAACAUGGUUUGCAUGUUAAACCAAACAGAAUAAAGAGCAGCACAUAUCUGAAGAAUGAAAGAACAGAAAAUAUUAUGCAUAGUAGAGGAAAUCAGUCAGCAGCAUGAUGCUCUCAGUGGGUCAUAAUGCACGUCCACAGGGUCGGAUUGAUUUAAUUAAGAAAAGUUCAAAACAUUUAACAAGCAUUCAGUUUUAAACAUUCUUUUAUAAUUCUAAGAAAAUAUAUUAAAGUUUUUAGGCUGGAAAAUCCUUCUGAUGAAACAUCUAAGGAGAAAAAUAUGAGCAAUACAAAAUAAAAGUCCACUCAGGAGAACAAUUUGAGAUUUUAUUUUGAAAGAGUUACAGGCCAAACCAGAUAAGAACAGUGGUGUGGUCCUUUAAAAUUAGGGCAAAGUUCUCUGCUGUUACUUUCUGUCGUCACAUGACCAGCACUUAUUGAUAAUGAUUUCCCGCUUGAGCUGUUAUUGAUUAUUGAUUGGUGAAUGUCUGAUUGUUGUGCCGUCGUCAUCUCCGUGUUUCACUGUAAAACAGUCACAAUGGGAAUUUCAGUGUCAACAUGUUUUUUGUACACCUCUGUUUUUCAUCGAUGGAACAGUAAAGUUUUGUAAAUAAACGUCUUUUUUGAUCAA